AAAUGACCCAUUUAUUAAUCUUUUUUUUUUUAUUGCUUUGUGGUUGCUUAUCGAAAAAUCUGCAUCUUGCGUAAGCUGCCGCUGUCAUGACAUAAAGCUGAUUAGUCAGAUUUGAUCUCCAUGAAUCCCGGUUGACCGCGCCGAAAGUGCCAAAGUAGUGGUCGGACUCUCGGUGGUUCGGCGAUGGAGCAGCGCUCCAAGAUGGUCUGACUUCUUCGCCCCGAUAUCCGGUGACCAUUAGCCCAAUUUUAAUAACCUAGGGUUCAACAACGUCGAAUGGAAGGCUCCGGUUCAUUAUCUCCGGCCAUUCUCGGUGGUUCGAUGACUGAUUUAUUAUUUUAGUUUCGAUUCUAGAUUAUUGAAUUUCAUGUGGCCGGUCUUCAGUCAGUCAGUGUGCACCAAGCAAGUAAGCAAGCAAGCCAGUGAAUUUAUCCUCGGGUGAAUAGAGUAAGAUAGUGAAGUGAUCCUAGCUCAAUGCUUUCCUAUCUGGUCCGAGCCGGGUUGUUAUCCUUCCUCUCUUUCUCAGGUGGUUGCAUACUCUUUGUUGAGGAGCGAAAGCCACUCGACCAACGUCCGGGGAGCGAAAAGGGUAUUUCCUCGAUGGGACGAAAGAAGCAAAGAGCCUCCUCAUAGCACUACUUAUCAGAGAUAGAGUUAUUGAGCUGGAGCAAUAAGAGAUGAAAGAGUUUACUUUACGUUGAAUACAGGAACUAGUACACUUAGCAUAGAUGGAAUGAACUAUCAGAGAAGAGAAGUGUUUAUGCCAUUUAAGAAGUCACUCGAGCGAGGAAGUCCUUUGCCAGUUCAGUUGGUUCAAACUAGGUGGUCAAGUAGCUUCCUACAAAAAGGGAGUAAAUAGUAAGUAGGAAUGUCUGGUUGUCCUGUCACGCUCUCCUUAUCUUAUUCCUAAAUGUUAUUAGGCGUGGAAUUUCGAACACUAAAAGUAGUGGUGUAGUUGGUUGGGAAGUAGCUUCUCAAAAGCUAGAAUCAAGAGCUAUAGCUAAACUAGGCAAUUCUACUAAUCCUACACCAAGGCUUCUGGCCGAUCUGGUCUCACUGGAGAGUUUUGACUUCGAGGGAGGCGCAAUGAAAGAGUCAGAGUGGAACCAACGGCCCCGGUAGAAGUGAAAGUCUGUCUGUUCGCUCCUGUUCAUUCAUAGCGGGAUCUGAGUCUCGUCGCGUUAAAGAUUAUUUCCUAGUGGGACUUGGCUCAAUUCCCGCGCAGCAGUUUACGGCCCUAGCAACGAGCUGCCUAUAGAAUGAUUUGUAUUCUUAAGGUUUCUUAAGGUAGCAAGGUGAAAUCUUCAUGAGGCCAUAAAAUCGUUCGACCGGGGUAUCAUAGAUCGUAGAUGCGAGGCACGCAAACUCCCAUCGUGUCCCAGAUCACAUUCCGUGAAUCGAAAGGGGAAGCCUAUCUCAAUUACAUCGAUCCGGGAGUUACGGCCUAAAGAUCUACGCAUUCCCCCAGCACAAUUGUUUGAAAUGCCGGGGAUGCUAGAUUGGCAGGAAGGGGGUCCUAUCCGAGUGUGGAUGCAGAGCUGGCUGCGUCUGGUGCACUGGUAUGCUGCUGUUGCGCUUUCACCAGAUGUCACCAUACAGGUCGGUCCUCCUUAUGGAGGCGCCAGUCGUCAUGACCAACUGGAACUGUGAGCGCAAAGAUGAAGUGAAGAAAGUUCUGAAUAGAAGGGAUAAGAAGUACGGGAAAGGGUUCAUUCUUUGACUCCAAUAGUUCAAGUAGUAAUGCCAAUAGACCAGUGUUUUGUAUAUGAAGUGGAGAUUGGAGAAAAAAAACCUCAGAAAACUUAUGAUGUAAAUAUGGAUUCUAACCCAACUGGAGCUGUUGCUAGCACAUCUGACGUACACGAGCUUCCCAUGGAAAUGAAUGAGAUGAAAAUUAGAGAGGAUAAAACUGAUGACCAUGAGGAUACAACUAAGAUAUUCCGAGCUUUGAAUUAUAUGCUUAGAGUUAUUGGCAUUUUUCAUCGGGACACUAAACUCUGGAAUCUUCUGGCUACUCAAAAAGCAGCCCAAGUGAUUGAUUGGUAUCGACAUUCUCAUCCGCUCCGCCUAUGUAUUAAUUCGCUUAAGGGAUCACCACUCACCAUCGAUGUAUGGACGGUGGUUGCCGAUGGACGCAAUGUGGAUAUGGUCGCUUCAAAUUUAGCCCCCAUCAGCGUCAACUUCUUAACACAGGCUGCAAAAGUAAUUUUUGCUAUUGUGAUGCUUAUAUUUCAGCUGGCUCUUUUCUUGCAGGCUAGACGACGGAAGGUUGGUGAAAAGACACUUCUCUCAUUUCCCACGUUUAUUCAG